AUGGCCACCGCAAUGGGAAAGCGCCUCGAAGGCAAGACGAUCCUCGUGACCGGCGCAUCGUCCGGAAUCGGCCGCAGCACCGCACAGGAGUUCGCGCGCACCUCGCCCAACAACCUCAAGCUGAUCGUGACGGCGCGCCGUCUCGAGUCCCUCACCCAGCUGGCGGAAGACAUCAAGAAGGAGGUCGGUGACGGCGUCAAGGUCCUGCCCGUGAAGCUGGACGUCAGCAACGCCCAGGAGAUCAAGAACUUUGUGCCGUCCCUGCCGGCGGAAUUCCAGGAAAUCGAUGUCCUGGUUAACAACGCUGGACUCGUCAAAGGCGUCGCCAAGGCCCCCGAGAUCGCCACCGAGGACAUCGACACUAUGUUCACCACCAACGUCAACGGCCUGAUCAACAUGACGCAGGCCAUCCUGCCCAUCUUCCAGAAGCGCAGCGACGGCGGCCGCGGCGACAUCAUCAACAUCGGCAGCAUUGCCGGCCGCGAGGCCUACCCGGGCGGCAGCAUCUACUGCGCCACGAAGGCGGCGAUCCGGUCCUUCACGGACGCCCUGCGAAAGGAGCUGAUCGCCUCGCGGAUUCGCAUCAUCGAGAUCGACCCGGGCCAGGUGGAGACGGAAUUCUCCGUUGUUCGGUUCUAUGGCGACAAGAGCAAGGCUGAUGCUGUCUAUGCAGGCUGCGAGCCCCUUACCCCCGACGACAUCGCCGAAGUCGUGGUCUUCGCUGCCGGCCGCCGAGAGAACGUCGUUAUCGCUGAUACUUUGGUCUUCCCUAGCCACCAGGCCUCCCCCUCCGCCAUGCACCGCCGGUCUUAA